CUCAAAGAUUUACCUUUUGUUGUAUAGAUCAAAAUGAUAGUAUAAUCUGUAAUCAAUCGGAUUUAACAAGCAGCUAGGCGACUAACUAACAAACACUUCAAAAGAAAAAGAAACCUUGUAUCGGUAGUUAAACAUUUUUAAGGCCCAGUAAGGCCCAUAUCUCUGUCGAAUAGACGCAAUCGCGGUAUUAUUCGGCACGGCGACUCUCUGUCUCUCUCGCUGUAAUUUGUCUUAGCGGAUUCGCUCUCUCUGCUCUUCGUCCUUCUCUCUUUCUCGGUUCAUAAUCAUCAAGCCUGGGGUAGGGGUUUUAUCAGUGGAUUUUGGCAAUGGAAGCGUCAUCGUCGCAGCCACCUGAAGCUUCUGAUGAAACUGCUUCAAAGUUUCUGACUGACCUUCCUUCACGCGGUUUCUUGUCUUCUUCUACAGUGGUCUCAUCCAAUCCGGGAAGCUUACGGGUCUACAUUUGUGAGCAUGACACAUCUCCCCCAGAAGGACAAGAUGUCAAAACAAACCUGCAGAAUAUACUUAUCAGAUCUCUCUUGUUAAAGAAACAAAAAGGCGAAUCAAGCUCGAAAGAGGCCAAAGGAACCGCUGAAGAUGGUCCUAAAAAGAGGGCUGCAAAUAGGGCUCUGGACGACAGAAACCCAGCUAAGAGAGCUGCUAAUGUAUCUAGACAAGAAGGAUCAAGCAGUCGCACUGGCGAAAAAGACUUCCAGUCUUUGACUGUAGAGAAGCUCCGUACCCUUCUCAAGGAGAAAGGCCUCCCAACUAAAGGAAGAAAGGAUGAGCUCAUUGCCCGGCUGAAGAGUGCCAACUGAAGUUACAGAGGGAUCAAUAAGCUUGAGAAAACUCCCUGGUGAAUAUAUGUAUCGUUUAGAGGUUUCCAAAUAGGAGGAAUUUGUCAUAUGAAAAAUUGUUGUUCUUCUUGAUCAAAAACAUAUCCUUUGGAUCUCUUCUGAUUAUCAGGAAUGAUGGUACACACUUUUUGAUUUAUGAACCUGGUUUGAUUUGCCUUUUUGUAACA